AUGUCUAAAAUGUUACAUAUUUUACUUUAAAAUGACGUCACGGGUUUGUCAGCUAAAGCAGGACUGGCAGGUUGUUAGUCAGACGGAGGAGGAAAGGAGAGAGAGAGAAUGUGAGAGAGAGAGAGAGAGAGGGAGUGAGGGUGGAUAGCGCGCGCAGUGGUGAUAACACUAUCUGUCUAUCUAUCUACCAAAUGACGAGCGUUUCUUUCACGCGCUCCACUCAUCACGCGCGUCCGUGAAGUGGUGUUUCAUUCCUCACUCUUGUUUUUUUCCCGCAUCACCAAUUUAUUUGGACUCUAGAAAGAUUGCGCGAACUAUCGAAGAGCUUCUACAGCCGAUGUAGGACAUGCUUUUGCGCCACGGAAAUCUCGAUGUUUUAUCUUCCGUUUUUGCCUGUGCUCUGUCUCAUAAUGGCAAUGUAGAAAAAGUGCGCGGUGACCGCGAGCGCAGCGCACGGGCGAUGUUGACGCCGUCACCUUGCCGUCUGGUUCCCAUCGCUUCUUGACUUUUUUUUUUCCAGUGGAGUAUAAUCUAAAUGAACUUGUGAAUGUAAAAGAAGGCGGCUGUUGAGAAGCAACUGAACCGUCCAGCUGCCCACGCUGCCGCUGGGUCGCUCUGCACGUCCGUGCGCACUUCUGAGGAGAAAACAGCGAGCAACUAAAAAAGGGGACAAGACGCGUCCUUGUUUUUUGUGAAUAUUUCGCCCAGUCCUCGUUUGUUGAGCUCUGGAGAGACGUGGAGCUAUUUCAAGCUUUCUGUUUCUCGGAAUAUAUAACAUUAGAAUGCUAGCAUCCAUAACAUUUGGAGUAAGGUGUCUAACUUAAGGUGACCAUUACGCUCGAGCGUCGACGUUUGUUGGAACGCAUAAAUGGACGAAUACCAGGAGGACUGAUUCGGAAUUGUUGUCUGGAAAAAUGUGGCUGAAACGGUGUGUCACACGCAGUUCCAUGGUUGCUUGGAGACCUGGAGGAAUGCUGGGAUGUAGAAUGUGGAUCCUCUUCAUCCUUGUACAUUUCACAAUGGAUCUGUCUCUGUGUGCACCAGCAGGCCAGGGGCUCACCCUCAAACUACUGCCCAGAUCAGUGCCCCGCCGGCAGCCGCAUCCUCUGCCCACCCGGGACACGCUCAACGGCCAGCACUUGAGGACUCUGGGUGUCUUGCAUCGUGGUGUUCCCCCUUCCUUGCCAUCACUAGGCAACCAUGGGGAGCUGGGGGGCACCAAACUGUGGGGGCGGAAAAACCGCCGGUCACUCCAGAAACGGCAACUUUGUGUGGAGUGUAAAUUGACCCCCUCCGACAAAGGGAAGUUAGUUGCAUUACCAGAGGGGAGUAAAUCUGAUUUAAAUCUGCAUUUAUCUCGCUCACGGAGGCAGCUGAAAGGGGACAGCUAUGACUCCCUGGAAGGGAGGACCACCACAGUGGCGGGAUUUAUUGACUGGGGCCCUACAGGGGCCGACGAGGGGCUUGAGGAGGAGGCGAAGGUGACCACGAACGCCACCGUCACCUCUUUAGCCCCCUCCACCACCACGGUUACCGUAACUAGCACUACCACACGCAGUCCCCAAAGGACGUAUGCGGUGAUUACAACCGUGCAUCCUAAGAGGCACAGCACCACACAGCCAAGCAACUCCAGAGUGACUGCCAAACCACCGAAACCUUUUGGGGAGACACCAGGUCUGGCUGUUCACCAGAUCAUCACCAUCACUGUGUCCCUCAUCAUGAUCGUUGCAGCCUUGAUCACUACUCUAGUCCUUAAAAACUGUUGUGCGCAGUCCGGGAAUGGCCGACACAGCAGCCAUCAGAGAAAGAUCAACCAGCAAGAGGAGAGCUGUCAGAAUCUGACCGACUUCACGCCUGCCCGCGUGCCCAGUAAGGUGGACAUCUUCACCGCCUACAACGACAGUUUACAGUGCUCACACGAGUGCGUGCGGGCCGGCAUACCAGUGUACACGGACGAGAUGAUCCAGCACACACCCAUCUACAAGACCUCCUACAAUGGAAACAGACCGUCGCCCACUGAAAGGCAGCUAAUCCCUGUGGCCUUUGUGUCUGAGAAAUGGUUCGAGAUCUCCUGUUGAGGCCCUUUUACUACCUUUGGGUUGAGCCCACGUCUUCAGUUUGUGCCCUGGAUCUCAUUGGAAAACCUGUGAAUCAAACACAAAAAAGACUAAAACACAAUAAAGCAAAACACAACCACAAGAACAACAAUGACAAGCAAUCACAAUGACGGGAACCGAGACGAACAGGCGGUUUUGUACAAAUGUUGGAUCUCUCUAGAAAUGGACUGAAGAUGUUUAUUUUUCUAGACUGAUGCAGUGCUAUGGAACCAGUCCCAAAUUAUUUUCCAUAGACAUGUGAUCAUUUUAGAGCUGAUAUAGAGCUGAUAUAUUAUAUACGUGUAUUACUGCACAUGUGGGUGUGCUGGAGUGGAGUUCGGCUGCGGAGAGGCCGUGGGGACGCUCUCUGACACGAUACGUCUGCUUGUGUGGAGAAAAGACUCUCCUGAACUUUGUGCCAAUAAUGCCAUUAUGUGCCACUACAUAUAUAGAUGGGACGCGUUCAGUUUCUUGGAAAAUUACUGACACAACAUCAAGUAAUUUCAGUGACUGUCUCCCAAUAUCAAUCUGUCAUCCGUUUUUGUAUAAAAAGUAUGAAUAUGUAUUUGAAAUAUGUUUUGAAAUAGCUGAGGAAACGUGUUACAAAUGUCCAAAAAAUAUUUAUAUGGAGCACUAUUCAUUUAGAUGAAGAAAAAAAAAAAGAAAAAGAACCCAGUGAGGAAUAGUACAAUACCCAGGUUUUAAUUUCACUACAUUGUUACUAGACCCCGUUUUAAAGGAAUAGUCUCUAUUUUUAUACAAACGAGGUUACUAAUGAGUCAGACAGACCUAAUUUAACUGGACUGUUGGGACUGUUAAUCUGCGAGUAGAGGUUCAAUGAAAUGUUGAAGUGUUUUCUUUUUUUUUUCUUUCCUUUUUUUAAGCUACCAAACAAUGUGGAUGCCAAAUUCAGUAUUCAUUCAAAGCUUAUUUGAUUUGCCAAAGCCAUUCUUCAGACGCUUGUUGAGUUUCCGUUUCUUAUCACUGAUGAGAAAUUACAUGUAUGGGUUAAUCAUGUUUACGGACUCACAGACCCUCAGAGAGGUGUUAGUUUAAGGGUCGAUCAUAAAUAACACAAUCAGUUAUCUAUUAAAACAUCACAAAAUAGCUAAUAAACAACCUCUACAUUUUAAUUACAAAGCUUAAAUUGCAUAAAGACAACAGUCAAUAGUUAUCAGCCUUGUGCAUAGACUCAAAAAGAACAAAAUAUUGUUUUUCAUGCCUAGUAAUUUGUGCCAGCUUGAUUUAAUUUGUUUACUUCUAUAUUUUAAUCUGAAACAAAAUCAUGAAUGUCCAUUUCUUUGUGUGCUACAUUCUACUUUUUAAUUUGAGCUAAUAGUUUAUUAUUUAUUGUUUUUUACAGUUUGAUUUAUUUGAGCAGAACUGACUGAAAGGCAAAUAUUCCAUCAGCAGAAACAGUAACGUCUAGUGCCAAUCAUUUUAAUAGCAAUCAGAAAUGCAGUAAUAUACAAACAGCAAGUAACUUGCAAAUCAGUUUCAAUAUUCAUAAAGCCAGUGGAAAUAAAUGACACUUUGGAU